UAAAACAUCACGGCUCAGGAUGUGAGUUUGGGUUAGGCUCAACCAACUACAGGCUUCUUUAUUGAAAAAAAGGAGGGUACAUUAUAAUUCCUAACUGCCAAGUUUGUUGCGAAAUUUAAAGAAAAUGCUUUGCAAACUGCGAAGAGUUACUAAAAAGAUCAAAUCUGCUCCUCUUUGAGGAUGCUAGGUCGCAAAAUUCAUCUAUGGAAAGAGAAGAAAUCUUGGCUCCCAUAAAGCAUCAACGGAGUUUCCCCGGAGCUGGGCCAGCGGGAGAAUCUGGUGCUUCUCCGCUGGCUCCUCCCCCGUCACACCGGCCCGGGCCCGGGUCAGAGGCGGCGGGGGCUCCCGCGCCAGGCCUCCACCGCCCACCGCCCGCUGGGGUGAAAUACCGUGCGGGGGCGGGGCAGGCCCGGCCGCCCAGUUCCUGAUUCUACAAGCGGUGCCGGGGGCUGCCGGCGCCACAGGCGCUGGCACCGUGGGCGGCGAAGGAUGGGCCGGCGCGGCGCGGCGAGCCUGUCCCGAGGCCCCAGCCUGCGGCGGCCGCUCCUCCCCGGCGUCCUCCCCUUGCUGCUGCGCCUGCUACUGCUGGCGGCCCCGCCGGGCGCGGGCGCAGGGGCCGGCCGGCCGCCGCACCUCGUUUUCGUGCUGGCGGACGACCUGGGCUGGAACGACGUGGGCUUCCACGGCUCGAACAUCCGCACGCCGCACCUGGACGCGCUGGUGGCCGGCGGGGUGCUCCUGGACAACUACUACACGCAGCCGCUGUGCACGCCUUCGCGGAGCCAGCUGCUCACCGGCCGCUACCAGAUCCACACAGGCUUACAACACCAAAUAAUCUGGCCCUGUCAGCCCAGCUGUGUCCCUCUGGAUGAAAAACUGCUGCCCCAGCUUCUAAAAGAAGCAGGCUACACUACCCAUAUGGUCGGAAAAUGGCACCUGGGAAUGUACCGGAAAGAAUGCCUUCCAACCCGCCGAGGAUUUGAUACUUACUUUGGAUAUCUCCUAGGUAGUGAAGAUUACUAUUCCCAUGAGCGCUGUACAUUAAUUGAUGCUCUAAAUGUCACACGAUGUGCUCUUGAUUUUCGAGAUGGUGAAGAAGUUGCAACAGGAUAUAAAAAUAUAUAUUCAACAAACAUAUUUACCGAAAGAGCUACAGCCCUCAUAACUAACCAUCCACCAGAGAAGCCUCUGUUUCUCUACCUUGCUCUUCAGUCUGUCCACGAGCCCCUUCAGGUCCCUGAGGAAUACCUGAAACCAUACAACUUCAUCCAAGAUAAGAAUAGGCAUUAUUAUGCAGGAAUGGUGUCUCUUAUGGAUGAAGCAGUGGGAAAUGUCACGGCAGCCUUAAAAAGCCACGGGCUCUGGAACAACACGGUGUUCAUCUUCUCCACAGAUAAUGGAGGACAGACUUUGGCAGGGGGCAAUAACUGGCCCCUUCGAGGAAGAAAAUGGAGCCUGUGGGAAGGAGGCAUUCGAGGGGUGGGCUUUGUGGCAAGCCCCUUGCUGAAACAGAAGGGUGUGAAGAACCGGGAGCUCAUCCACAUUUCUGACUGGCUGCCGACACUUGUGAAGCUGGCCAGGGGCAGCACAAAUGGCACCAAGCCUCUGGACGGCUUCGAUGUGUGGAAAACCAUCAGUGAAGGAAGCCCGUCCCUCAGAACAGAGCUGCUGCAUAAUAUCGACCCAAACUUUGUGGAUAUUUCACCAUAUGUGCCACAUGCCUUCCUGCCUCCGUGCUCUUCGUCAUGCUGCUCCUCUUGCCUCGGCUGCCCUUCCUUGCCUUCCUCUGCCUGCAGAAAUCUGGCGAAUCACUUGAGAUCCAGUUCAAACACAACCUUCCUUGGUCCUGGGAAGAGCCUGGCUCCAGCAAAGGAUGAUUCUUCUCAUCCGGAACAUUUCGCCUUCAACACAUCUCUCCAUGCUGCAAUUAGACACAGGAAUUGGAAACUUCUCACUGGCUACCCAGGCUGUGGUUGCUGGUUUCCUCCACCGUCUCAAAACAAUGUUUCUGUGAUACCCUCAUCGGACCCACCGACCAAGACCCUCUGGCUCUUUGAUAUUGACCAGGACCCAGAAGAAAGACAUGACCUGUCAAGAGACCAUCCCCAUAUUGUCAGGCAGCUCCUUUCCCGCCUGCAGUUCUACCACAAACACUCGGUGCCUGUGCACUUCCCGGCGCAGGACCCGCGCUGUGACCCCAAGGGCACUGGGGCCUGGGGCCCAUGGAUGUAGGACUUCUGCAGCCCUGGGGAGCCAGACCACCUUUCUGGUACAAGUUGGACUGCAGGCCUUUACUCCUGUACCUCUUGUCUCAUUUGCUCUCCCAGCCUGGGUUCCCCUGGCCCUUCUCUUGUUCCUCAACCACGCUGAGGUGUCUCGUUGCAACCCCCAGUGCAUUUAAGAAGCUGAUAAAACCUGGAACACUCCUGUUGUUGGCCAGGGUGUGUGUCUAGGGGAGAGGGUGGCUGAGUUCAAUCUCUUGUUCCUGAGCCAUGGGACAGCUAGGGACUUGACUUGGAAUAGGAGGUUCUCACUGAGUCCUGGAGGCUGUACAGCUGGCUCUUUUUGCCUCGCAAGUCAGAUGUUAGAUCUCCCUCUGCCAAUAGCUGGGUUUUAUUGGAGUGCCUCAUGUUUCUUGUAACAAAUGUAGGGAGCAGACAGCUUUUAAUGGUUCUGUUGGCCAGGGGAUCUCCCUGUCUGUGAGCUAUCAUGUUCAGGCAUUCCAUGUGAAUAACCCCCCUUGGUUCACCCCUCACUUACUCACCCUGUCACUCAUCUCAUCGUGGAGCGUAAGGCCCAUUUCAUAGUUACGGUCAGCAUGGCAAUAUGCCUGCUUCUUGGUUUUGGUUAUUACAAUAAAGAAAUGUGUUUUUAUCCCCAGUUUUUUUUUUUUUUCCAGCCACUGCUCAUUUUGCCUAGACUUCCUGCUACCCCCUCUCCCCUGUGGUUCUUUUCCUAACCUCCUUUUGACUCAGGCAUCCUGUGCCUGGGAAGGCUGCUUCGCCUCUCCACUCUGAGCACCACUGGUUUUUGGAAGACUGCUGUGCCCUAUCUUCCUUCUGCCGCUAACACUGAAGCUAAGAGCCCUGCCCAGAGAAGGUGGUCGAGUCUGGCUCUGCAGGCAUGCUCAUGGUGGACAAGAAGUGGCCGAGUGUCAUUAACAAGUCUGUGUCAUCUGUUUGGUGAAGACUUUUCUAAGUUGCAGAGUUUAUUUUCAUGAUCAUGGCUUUGUCUCAUAAUGUAUUAUGAGUUGCAUGCUAUUCCCUAGCAAUUAGGAGAAACCCCAGGAAACAAUAAUUUUGUCUUGGGAUGAUGGAAGUGGGCAGUUUGAAAGGAAAUGGCCAGCAUCUGAGAUAUUGGGCCUCAGUAAAGCAAAGGAGAGCACACCCACGUUUCCCUUACUUUCACUUCUACUGCUUGUGUUGAGGUUCUGGGGUGGGGGAAAGAGGAUGCACAGUUUGACCUGCCAGCCCUUUCGCAGUCCCACUGAUGUCCUACUAAUGUGGAUCUGUCCAGAUUAGCUCUCAAGAAUGUCACACUCAGACUCAGUUUUGCUGUUUGCAGAAACUAUACUCUUUUUCCCAUGAGCUCCACUGUUUUGUUCACUGCUCGUCACCAAUGCCUGGAUCAGUGCCUGUUACAAAGAAGGUAGUCAGUACUUUUUUUUUUUUUUAAAUGAAUGAAUGGACAAUUGAACAAAAGAGAAAGUCGCACACCAUGCAAGUGCAGUGAGCUAAACACAUCCUCCAACUGUUGCGUUUCUGUUCUCAAGCUGCCCUCCUGGGGUAGGAACAGAAUUUGCAUAUCUGGAUGGUCACAGACACUCCGUAGUGAAGCCAUAAUGUCCUCUCCAGGAGAGAAAAGGGGAAACACGCCUGCCAAAGAUACUCUUUUGGCAAUAAUCCUCCACUCUCUUCUUUGUAGGACACUAGAAACUAAAACCAGCCAACAAUGUGCUAUGGGUCCUGGUGUAGCCAUCCUUCAAUUCAGUAACAAUAUUUUCUGGUCACCUCUAAUAUGUAUUGUAUUAAAAUAAGAUGAUUGGAAGGAAAUGGUGCUAGAACUAAAGACACCUAUUAUCAACCUCUACCCCGCUCCUGGGUUGGCAAACGGUCAAAAUGCCAUCACCUACCACCCCCACACCUGUGGCAGAUACUAUGAACUAACUGAGCCCAGAUGUUCCUCUGGAUCCUUCUAACCACAGUGUCUAUUAAUACCAGAAGACUAGAGGCCAUCACUACAUGACACCUGUUUACCCUCCCUGCUGUGCUCCCAGGGCCGCCCCAGUUCUAGUCUGUUGGUGGCCAAGUACAACAUGGAUGUUCUGCACUCGGUGGAUUUAAAGGGAGUUGUAAAAACUACUUGUCGUAAAACUUUUAUUUGAUAUUUUAUUUUAUCCAUAAUAGAAUGUAUCUCAUUAGGUUUCUUUAUUCUGUUAUAAGGAUGUGAACAGAUUCAUAUUAAUGUUGUUUCUCUCCAAAUUCACUCACCUUUAAAGAAUAGUUUUAUUGAUUUAAUGGUCUUUCUUUGUUACUACAUGAUUGUUCCAGAUCUGGGGAACAGAAAGUUACUUUAUCCUUUAAAAUGUGUCAAUGGGGAGUUUCCAUUUGAGUGGUGAAAAAGUUCUGAAACUGGACAGUGGUGGUGUUGGCACAACAUGCCUCUGAAUUGUAUACUUUAAAAUGGUUAAGAUGAUAACUUUUAUGUGGUUUUGCCACAAUUUUUUAACGUGUUGGCCCAUUUUAUGGUAUGUAAAUUACAUCUCAAUAAAACUGUUAAAUAAAUAAACGUAGCAAAAAUAUCAGAACUGAAAAAAACACGCCAGUCAUUUGCCCCAAGAGUGCAAACUAUAAAAUAAGUUAUUGAAGGGAGGUCAGGAGAGGGUAGGAGUGAAUAUAAAGUGAGAAUAAGAGAGUGUGUUUGUUCUCUGUUGCUGUAUAACAAAUUACUGCCCAAUUUAGCAGCAUAAAACAAUAAACAUUUAUUACUUCCCACACUAUAGGGGGGUCAGGGCUCUAGGAGUGGUUUAGCUGGGUGGUCCUGGCUCAGGGCCUCUCAUGAGAUUAUAGUCAAGCAGCUGGCCUGGGCUGCAGUCAUCUGAAGGCUUGUCCGGGGCCAAUGGAUCCCCUUCUAAGAUGACUCAGUCACAAGGCUCUUGGUUGGAGGCCUGUGUUCCUCGCCCUGUGGGCUUCCCCACAGGCUGCUUGAAUAGCCUCACACAUGGCAGGCAACCUCCAGCGGAGCAAGUCGUCUGGAGAGACACAGAGCAAGAGGAGGUUACCGUGUGCCUUAAUAACUCCACCUCCAAAGUGCUACCGUGUCACUUCUACCUUUUUGUGCUUCCUUAAAAAUGAGUCACAAAGUCCAACCUUUACACAAGUGAGGAGAAUUUAGGUCCUGCCUUUUGAAGGAAGUGUCAGAUAUGUGGACAUAUUUGAUACCACCAUGGACAACAGAGGAGAAUGGGCGAAUGGAGCCCCCUGGGGAAUAGAUUGUCUGAUCAAGGCCACAUGCAUUGAUCAAAUUCUGGUAGUUGAAGACAGAUGGGAGAAAAAGCAUCCAACUUUGCUAUUUAGUGGUUAGAAGGACCAUGGACUAAUCAUUUAACCCUCUCUACGCCUCAGGGUUUUUUACUGGUAGGGUGAUGGGUGGGCUGAACUGAGUAGAUACGUUUUGCCCAGAACAAUGCCUGACACAUAGUAUAUGUUAAAUAGAUGGUGUUUGACUGACUCUCAGAGGACUGAAUUCCAGUGUAAGAAUGUGAAAUAAAACUGUGCUGGGGCACCUGGGUAGCUCAGUCAGUUAAGCACCCAACUCUUGAAUGUGGCUCAGGUCAUGAUCUCAGAGUUGUCAGAUCAAGCCCUAUGUCGGGCUCUGCACUCAGCAAGAAGUCUGCUUGAGAUUCUUUCUCUCUCCCGCUGCCCCUCCCCCGCCAACUCUCUCAAAUAAAUCUUAAAAAAAAAAAACUGCUAAAAAUAGGCCUGAGACUGUGCUCCAUCUUGAAAACCAUUCGUUUCCUGAAAAUAUUUAAAAAACUAAUAUUUUGAAUGCUUACUAUAUUCCAAGUAUUGUACAAGGUGCUUUAAAAGAAUUAUCUUGUUGCCCAAGAAAAAUAAAGGCAAUUUUCUUCUUAAGAAAAAAAUAAAAGAAUUAUCUCAUUUAAUAUAAUUUUAAACUAACCAGAGGUAAUGUUUAUAAAAUCUGUUCAAUCUUAAUUAUAAAAGACAUACUUGGUUUUCACCCCCCUUACAUUUUAAAAAUAUCCAAUCUUUAUCCAAACAUAUAAUUACUUAAAUCAAGAAGAUAAGAAGAGGGGCGCCUGGGUGGCUCCGUUGUUAAGCAUCUGCCUUCGGCUCAGGUCAUGAUCCUAGGGUGUCGGAUCAAGCCCCGUGUCGGGCUCCUGGCUCAG